AUGCGUCUAAUUAUCCGACAGCGGCCCGAGCAGGCGGCACGGUACAUUGCAGAUUAUCUUAUUCGACGUAUCAGUGCGUUUGGGCCAACAGCAGAGCGUCCUUUUGUCCUCGGGCUACCUACGGGUAGCAGCCCAUUACCAAUCUACCGAGCGCUGAUCGCAGCAUACAAGCAAGGGAGAAUCUCGUUCAAACAUGUCGUGACAUUCAACAUGGACGAGUACGUCGGUCUGCCCCGAGACCAUACAGAGUCGUAUCAUUCCUUCAUGUACACACACUUGUUCAGCCACGUCAAUAUCGAUCCGAAGAAUGUCAACAUCUUAGACGGCAACGCCUCAAACCUGACUGAGGAAUGCCGCCGGUAUGAAGAGAAAAUCAAGACACUCGGUGGCAUUGAGUUAUUCCUGGGAGGAGUAGGAAGUGACGGUCACAUCGCAUUCAACGAGCCCGGAUCCAGUCUCACCAGUCGCACACGCAUCAAGACGCUUACAUAUGAGACCAUCGUUGCCAAUGCUCGUUUCUUCAACAAUAACCUGGACGCAGUUCCACACAUGGCGCUUACAGUGGGGGUGCAGACUAUAAUGGAAGCCAAAGAGGUGGUAAUCAUUGCGACUGGUACUUCCAAAGCACCAGCUAUCCAACAGGCAAUCGAAGGGGGCGUAAGUCAUCUAUGCACGCUCUCGUGCUUACAACUGCAUCCUCGCAGCAUGGUAGUAGUGGACGAGGAUGCUACGAUGGAACUGAAGGUCAAGACGGUCAAGCAUGUCUUCACGGAUCGACAGCCCAAGGGCUUCGAAGAUGCCAUUUGA